GUGAUCACACAAUGGUUUUACAAAAGCCACAUGGUGCCCAUAUCAUAUGGGUUGGGCUGCUCAUUUGUUGCUUUGUAGAAAUAGGCACUUGUCUAGAAUUUACAGAUGCUGAGGGCCAGUGGGCUAGAUUUCCAGUGUGGAAUGCAUGUUGUGAAAGCGAAAUGAGCUUCAAUAUGAAAACAAAGAGUUCCCAUGGGCUGCUAGUUUACUUCGACGAUGAGGGAUUUUGUGACUUUCUAGAACUUUUCUUACUGAAUGGUAAACUCAACCUUCGUUUCUCGAUCUUCUGUGCCGAGCCUGCAACCGUCGUUUCUGACAUGGCGGUCAACGACAGCCAAUGGCACGCGGUCACGAUAAGGAGAAACUUUAAGAACACAACCCUAAAGGUGGACAAUGAGACGAAAUGGGUCGAGGUGAAGUCAAAAAGACGGGAUAUGACUGUUUUCAGCCAUUUGUUUGUUGGUGGAAUACCACCAGAAUUACGAUCUGUGUCGUUGCGACUCACAUCAGCUGCAGUAAAGGAUCAGCUACCUUUCACUGGAUGGAUAACAGACAUAAAGGUCAACAACACGGAGUCUGUCAUGAUCAACAGUGACGGGGUCUUGAAAAACCUCUGCGGUUCAACUAACAUGUGCUUAAAUGGAGGAGUCUGCAGUUUAAUUAACAACGAACCAACAUGUGACUGCACUCGGACAGGGUUCCAAGGAAAGGACUGCAGUGAAGAAGACAACUAUACUGAAGGUCUGGCACACCUGAUGAUGGGCGACCAAGGUAAAAGUAAAGGAAAAGAAGAGUAUGUCGCCACCUUCAAAGGAUCAGAGUUCUUCUGCUACGACUUGUCCUUGAACCCGAUUCAAAGCAGCAGUGAUGAAAUUACAUUGUCAUUCAGAACCCUACAGAGGAAUGGACUGAUGCUGCACACGGGCAAAUCGGCUGAUUACGUCAACCUGGCACUGAAAAAUGGGGCUGUCUCACUCGUCAUUAAUUUGGGGUCUGGAGCCUUUGAAGCUCUUGUGGAGCCAGUCAAUGGGAAAUUUAAUGACAAUGAUUGGCAUGAUGUCAAAGUAACAAGGAAUCUACGUCAGCACUCAGGCAUUGGACACGCUAUGGUAACAAUAUCCGUGGAUGGGAUUCUGACCACCACAGGAUAUACACAAGAAGACUACACCAUGCUAGGCUCUGACGACUUUUUCUAUGUUGGAGGGAGUCCUAGCACAGCUGACCUGCCCGGAUCUCCAGUUAGCAACAACUUCAUGGGCUGCCUCAAGGAGGUUGUUUACAAAAACAACGAUGUGAGACUUGAGCUGUCCAGGAUGGCCAAGCAGGGUGAUCCCAAGAUGAAGGUCUAUGGUACUGUGGCCUUCAAGUGUGAGAAUGUGGCCACUCUGGACCCCAUCACAUUCGAGACGCCAGAGUCUUUUAUUAUCCUCAACAAGUGGAACGCUAAGAAGACAGGCUCCAUUUCCUUUGACUUCCGCACCACAGAGCCCAACGGCCUUCUCCUCUUCAGCCAUGGCAAGCCCAAGCAGCAGCCAAAGGAUUCCAAGAGUCCCCAGACUCUAAAGGUGGACUUCUUUGCCAUUGAGAUGCUGGAUGGCCAUCUGUACCUGCUGCUGGAUAUGGGCUCAGGAACCACAAAGACCAGGGCAGUCAAUAAAAAAGUAAAUGAUGGCGAGUGGUACCAUGUGGACUUCCAGCGUGAUGGCAGAUCAGGUACCAUCUCUAUCAACACCCUACGUACUGCCUACACAGCCCCCGGAGAAAGUGAGAUCCUGGACUUGGAUGACAAUCUCUACCUCGGGGGUCUGCCAGAGAACAAAAUGGGGCUUGUGUUCCCCACUGAGGUGUGGACAGCACUACUCAACUACGGUUACGUGGGCUGCAUCCGGGAUCUAUUCAUUGACGGACAGAGUAAGGAUGUCCGGCGCCUGGCCGAGGUCCAGAAGGCUGCCGGGGUCAAGCCCUCCUGCUCUAAGGAGCUUCCCAAACAGUGUUUGAGCAAUCCUUGCCAAAACAAUGGGGUCUGUAGAGAGGGCUGGAACCGCUACGUGUGUGACUGCUCUGGGACUGGAUACCUGGGACGCUCCUGUGAAAGAGAGGCGACCAUCCUCAGCUACGACGGCAGUAAGUUUAUGAAGGUCCAGCUGCCAGUGGUGAUGCACACAGAAGCCGAAGAUGUGUCUCUGCGCUUCCGCUCCCAGCGAGCCUUUGGCAUCCUAAUAGCCACCACGUCUAGGGAGUCUGCUGACACCCUGCGUCUCGAGCUGGAGAGCGGCCGCGUCCGACUGACAGUCAAUUUAGAUUGUAUCAGGAUUAACUGUACCUCCAGCAAAGGUCCAGAGACUAUUUUUGCGGGUCAGAAUCUGAACGAUAAUGAAUGGCACACAGUACGUGUGUUCAGGAGAGGCAAGAGUUUGAAACUGACGGUAGAUGAUCUGCAGCCUGUGGAAGGUCAAAUGGCAGGUGACCACACCCAACUGGAGUUCCAUAACAUUGAGACGGGCAUUGUGACAGAGAAGCGCUUCAUGUCCAUGGUGCCGUCCAACUUCAUUGGCCACCUCCAGAGCCUCUCCUUCAAUGGCAUGGCCUACAUAGACCUCUGUAAAAAUGGUGACAUUGAUUACUGUGAGCUCAAAGCCAUGAUUGGCUUCAAGAACAUCAUUGCUGACCCGGUCACCUUCAAGUCGCGCUCCAGCUAUGUGACCCUCACUACUUUACAGGCCUACUACUCCAUGCACCUUUUCUUUCAGUUUAAAACCACCUCCUCCGAUGGCCUCAUCCUGUUUAACAGUGGGGAUGGAAAUGACUUCAUCGUGGUGGAGCUGGUCAAAGGUUACCUGCACUAUGUGUCCGACCUGGGAAAUGGAGCCCACUUGAUCAAAGGCAACUCAAACAAGCCCCUGAACGACAACCACUGGCACAAUGUCGUAAUCUCCAGGGACGCCAACAACCUCCACACUGUCAAGAUUGAUACCAAGAUCACCACACAGACGACCACAGGAGCCAAAAACCUGGACCUGAAGGGUAACCUUUAUAUUGGUGGUGUGGCUAAGGAGAUGUUCAAGGAGCUGCCCAAACUGGUGCAUGCCAAGGAGGGUUUUCAAGGCUGCCUGGCAUCAGUGGAUCUGAACGGGCGGCUCCCAGACUUGAUGUCAGAUGCUCUGGACUGCGUGGGACAGAUAGAGAGAGGAUGUGAAGGCCCCAGCACUACGUGCCAAGAGGACUCGUGUGCCAACCAGGGUGUGUGUCUUCAGCAGUGGGAGGGCUUCAGCUGCGACUGCAGCAUGACGACAUUUGGAGGUCCGCUGUGUAAUGAUGCGGGAACAACUUACAUAUUUGGGCGAGAUGGUGGACUGAUCACAUACACGUGGCCGCCAAAUGACCGUCCCAGCACGAGGGCAGAUCGGCUAGCCAUUGGCUUCAGCACACACCUGAAGGAUGCUGUCCUGGUGAGGGUGGAUAGCUCCUCUGGUCUCGGAGACUUCUUGAAGCUCCACAUUGAAAAAGGAAACAUUGCUGUUGUAUUUAAUGUUGGAACCGAUGACAUUAAUAUUGAGGAGACAUCAAAGUUUGUAAAUGACGGAAAGUACCAUAUAGUGAAGUUUACGAGGAGUGGGGGUAAUGCCACUCUGCAGGUGGAUGACCUGCCAGUCAUUGAGCGCUACCCCACAGGCAACAAUGAUAACGAACGCCUGGCGAUUGCUAGACAGCGAAUCCCAUACCGACUUGGUCGAGUAGUUGACGAAUGGCUACUCGACAAAGGGCGGCAGCUUACAAUCUUCAACAGCCAAACCACUAUACAGAUUGGGGGCUGGGAGCGAGACCGGAGUCGAUCCUUUCAGGGACAGCUUUCGGGCCUCUACUAUAAUGGCUUGAAGGUGUUCAACAUGGCUGCGGAGGGGGAUCCCAACAUUAGGAUCCAGGGCAGCGUGCGGCUUGUGGGGGAGUCGCCCUCCUCUAUCACACCGCAGUCGAGCACCACAGCCAAUCGCUCGGAGACGUCCACGUCUAUCAUGGAGAUCACCACCACCACGGCAUCCAGCAGGCGAGUCAAACAGACUACACCACGAGAGCCUCAGCAGACAACCGACGACUUGCUGGUGGCAUCAGCUGAGUGUCCGAGCGAUGAUGAGGACAUUGAUCCCUGUGAGCCGAGCUCAGCCAAUCCCACCGGCGCUGGACCGAAUGGUUUCCCAGGCACAUCGGAGGUCUUCCGGGAGUCCAGCAGCACAACAGGGAUGGUGGUUGGCAUCGUAGCAGCAGCGGCGCUGUGUAUUCUCAUCCUGCUUUACGCCAUGUACAAAUACCGGAACAGAGACGAAGGUUCGUACCACGUAGACGAGAGUCGCAACUACAUCAGCAACUCGGCGCAGUCCAACGGUACCAUUGUCAAAGAGAAACCAGUAAACACCGCAAAAACCUCAAGCAAGGGUAAGAAGAACAAGGACAAGGAGUACUACGUGUGAUUGUCAAAGCUGUGGUCUCUGCCAGACCAAUUUAAACAUUUAUGGAAAAGACAAAUCAGGACAUCAACAUGUGUACAGUAUAAUAACAAAGAUGAACAUUAUUUAGUCAUUUUUCCAAUAAGACAAUGCUCUGAAAAGUAAAUAUGAAAAAUAGAAAAAUAAAUUUCUUUAGACUCAAGCCCUCGAGACAGUGGAAAGGAUUUACUGUCCAGAAAGAGACUGAUGGAAAAAAUGGCUCUGGAGACCAGUUUAAAAAUGAACUGAAUACAUAUCUAACAUGACAACCAAACAACAUUGACCCAUCUGUGACUUGUUUCCUAGGCCAGGAUAAUGUGAGCCAGCUCCCUUGUUUCUGGUAAACAGAGGAGCUGAUGUUCUUUGGAAAGGGAGAAUCAGCAUUACACACUUACUGUUUUCAUAUACAUUGCCUGUGUUUGUGUUGAAGAGACUUUUUCUAGAGAAAAUUACACAAUGCAUACAUAAAUACGCCAAACAUUUACUUUGGAUGAAGAGAGAAAAAAAAGAGAGAAAGAAAAAAAUCCCUGAUGGAUUUCCGAGGAAUCCGCCAAAGUACUCACUGAAAAGGCAGUGACCGCCGGCAAAGACUAAUACCUGACUGAUGCAGUGCAAAAAUGAGAACAGAUACUAGUUUCUUUUGAAAGACUAUGUUUUAAAAGAAGACUAUGUCCAUUGUGCCAGUAAAAAAUCUGGAGGCCUUUGUCUUCACAUUGUGUGAACUCAAAGGAGAGAGUUUCCUCAGAAUCAUGGGGGAUGUCUCUAAAGUGAUCAUUUGGGAGCCAUGCACGCAAAAUUAUCUUAUUACAGUACAUAUGUUUAUAUACAGUACAACCACAUCUAUAUGUGCUUUCUGGACUGUGACAAAGUGGUGUUUUAUAGCCUGUUGUAUAGAUGAUGCAAACUAUAACUGCUCCUCAACCAUUUUGGAAUAAAACUAAAAAAGGACAAAAAGAAGACAUAAGUGUUAUUAAGUGUUGCUAGACAUAGAAAAUUUUAUGAAGACAUCUGCAUUUUUUCUUUCAGUUGGAUAAUAAUUUGAUUCUCCCCUGUUUUACAUGUGUUCCUAUAUAGUUUUUAUACAAAUGCCAACCUGAGAUAGAUGAUCCCGGACCAGUAGUAGCCUAACCGUUUCCAAAAACUGCACAAGGUGUUGAUGGCGGAGAGGCGUGGCAUGACAACUUGUGUGGCUCUCUUUUAAGAAUCACUGCCUCCUCCUCAAUCCUGACUUACAUGAGUGAGAAUGAAGACCAAGAAAAUGAGCAAUGAUGAUGACGACUACGAUGAUGAUGAUGAUGAUGAUGAUGAUGAUGGAUGAUGACAGUGAUUGAAAUAAAUUAACUUGCUGUGUGUUUCCAAGUGUUAUUAUAAGAUUGUCUAAUGUGUGCUUGGACUGAUGCAAAACCAGAGGAGAAUAGCUCAAAAUAAGUCUCCAUUUCAACUGUUCUGUGUUUGUUCUGUCAUUCUGUCAGUCAAUUCUGCUUUCCGGAGACCUGUACUUGGAAUGAGUAUGAGGAAAAUGACCAUGAACUAUAAAUGAUAAUUAUAAAUUCUCUUUGUUUGCUCCUCUUUU